AUGACUUUAUCCAACUUCAGCUUAGCAAAAACAUGUGGAAUAAUUGGCUACAGCGCUGCUUUAUGGGGUAUAGGUGUUUUGACAAUUCGUCAUUGCGGAAGAUAUUUGUUUCAAACCAAUUCAAGUCGAAGCCUUGCGAUGGCUUCUACAGUGCCAGGUUGUUACGCGAUAAUACGUCUUACUCAAGCGUUAUUUUCUCUUAAUAUGCAAGAUACAGCUACUGCAUUCGUAUUGGGUACUGGCGCUGCAAGUAUUCUGGAUGGCAUCACUCACCUUUGGUUUCCAAGCGCCUAUGAAGAUCCGGAGUUGCAGAAGAAAAAUGCACUGGCAGCAUGUACCACCUCUAGAUAUGGAUCUGGCUGGUUACUCUUCUUCGUUGGUGUCGGUCUAACAAUGGUCGUACUAAUGUAA